UUUUUGCUGGAUUUAAUCUCUCGUAUUUUUACAAAUUAUAUUUAAAAAUGACUGCCUCUACAGCACUUCAAAAGGCUAUAGAACUUGUAACCCGUGCGACUGACGAAGACAAAAAUAAAAAUUAUGAGGAAGCAUUGCGGCUUUAUACUGGAUCUUGUGAAUAUUUUAUGCAUGCUUUAAAAUGUAAAUUUUUUAAAUUUUUUCCUUGUAAUUAUUGGUCUUUAAUAGGGUUGGCGGAUCAUCGGGUAUCCCCGGAUCCGAUAUCCGAACCGAAAUUUCCGGAUUUCCUAAUUUUUUUGAAUCCGGCAACCUUAAUCUCUAAUUUAUUUCUCCCACAACUUCUCUUUUACGACUUAAAAAUCUCUGAGAAAAAUUCCGACGAUUCCUCCCCACACUGA